AAUUUUCUUCGAAUACAUAUAAACAGACCUUAACAUUAUUUUACGAUUAUUUCCAUAAAGUGGUAUCACUUGUUACAAAAUUGCAUUUAAACUUCAACAGACAACAUUUAGUUGAAUUGAUUUGUUUUUCUUAUAUUUUUUCUUAAUAUUUUAUUUCAAGAUAGCUACGAUGGAUACAAUUAUGUUAGAAAUGUAUGAUGUUCUAUUCAAAUUACGUUAUCCUGAAAUUACCAAAGCGAAGCCAGAUAAUAUAGGCUCUACUAUAUUAUCUGGUGAAAAUAGAAUUCAUUUAUUAUCGUGGUUACUAACAGAAAAAUUACCUACUUUAUCAAUCGAAUUAGGAAAACUUCAAGGUCCUGUUUUAGAAGAUAAACUCGCCAAGUACUAUUCUCAACUUGGAAUUUGUGUUGACAAAGAUAUAUUAUUGGGUAAUUGUACAUUAGAGAAACAAUUUUCUACUUUAGCAAGAUUAUUAAAAUUUAUUAAAAAAAUUCAUGCAGAUUCAAAUGAUGUUUCCACCAACAAGGAAGAACAAACAGUUGCUAAUUUAUUAAAAAUGCACUUUGCUGAAGAUACCGAUAAUCUGAACAAUGCAUCUCUAAAAAUGAGUUAUUCGGAAGCUGUUAAAUAUUUUGAAGAGUUACGAAUAUUAGACGAACCUAAUGAGUUUGAUAAAACCUCUAUAGGAGAAGAGUUAUCCGAAUUUAAUGAAAAUGGUGAAGAAGCGAAUAAUACCGAAGAACAAAAGAAUUUUAUUUUACGAAUGGAAAAAUUGACAGAUACCUAUAAUUCCAUUUCUUCUUGUUUUGUAUCGGCUGAGAAAGAUGAAAAUCCAGCAGUAAAUUGUAUGGAUGAAUAUUUUAAAACUAUGCAAUCUGAUUUUGAAAUAUUUAAACAGAUACUACAUUUUAAAAAUGAGAUACCUACACUUGCAUUACCAAAGACGCCAGAAAAAAUCAAUCUCAAUAAACAAUCGUUUAAUUCUAUUAUAGAGGACAUUAUGAUAUCAACAGAUGAUAUUAAAUAUAUGUGUUAAUAUUUGUAUGCAAUAUUAUUUCCACAUAAUUCAAAACGAAAAAUAUUAAAAAGCGAUUAAUAUAUUAACGAUGCUA